UCUAUCAGUGCCUUCGGUGGUCUAUGGUCUACAGCAGUUCUCUGGCGAAGUGCUACUUAUAUACAUUUCGGUGCCGCUUCGGAAUCCACAUCAUCUUUGGAGUUGGACGGAUAUUCGAAAGGAGGCGUUGUUACUGAGGGAAAGGUAGAAGAAAAAUGAUACGUUUCAUACUGAUCCAAAAUCGAGCUGGCAAGACUAGAUUGGCCAAAUGGUAUAUGAAUUUUGACGAUGAUGAAAAGCAAAAAUUAAUUGAAGAAGUGCAUGCUGUGGUCACCGUAAGGGAUGCCAAACACACCAACUUUGUUGAGUUUCGAAACUUCAAAAUUGUGUACAGGCGAUAUGCUGGCCUUUAUUUCUGCAUUUGUGUAGAUGUGAAUGACAAUAAUCUCUGCUAUCUGGAAGCUAUUCAUAAUUUUGUAGAAGUAUUAAAUGAGUACUUCCACAAUGUCUGUGAGUUGGAUCUAGUCUUCAAUUUCUAUAAGGUGUACACAGUUGUGGAUGAAAUGUUUCUAGCUGGAGAAAUAAGAGAAACCAGCCAGACAAAAGUUUUAAAACAGCUCCUGAUGCUGAAUUCGCUGGAAUAAGCAAGACUUGUGUGUUUCAAAUAAUUUGUAAAUAAUCAUGUAAACAUUUUUGACAUAUAUUUGUGUGCCAAGAUCUGACAGUUGAUUGUUGGUCAUAUAUAAUUUCAUUGUUAUACAUUCCUUUAAGUUUAAGAUAUUUUUUGAAGUACAGAAAAAGCAAUAUUAUAUUCUCUUUAUUAA